CGUGGUCACACUGCAAUGGGCAACCCUAGCGCGCCAUUGUGGUGGUUGGUGAUACUCAGUUUGUCAUUAUAGUCCAGCUUGUGUGUUUUUAAUAAGUUUUAGGGGCAGUAAUGAAUAUAUUUUUUACUCAUGUUUUAGUGGAAGUAACGACAGUGACAAUAAUGCGUGCCGAACCUUUUAUACCUGACUAAUUGGAGUCUUUGAGUCACCACGGCUUUUUCAGUUGGGUCCCUGAGCAGGAGUAGCGAUGGAGGCUGGAGCACGGGCCCUCGACGUGCUCCCGCUUCUGCAGGAGCGGGUGGCGGCCCUGACCGGGGGCCGUGACCGCCGCGGGGGGCCCAUUAUAUGGUUUCCAGCCAACUCGAGACGGGACCGAGUCGCGCCAGAUGACUACAGGCGUCUUCUACAUUAUCUAAUCAGUAUACCCAGCGACUCUGUGAAGUCCCAUGGUUUUACUAUACUGAUUGAUAUGAGAGGUUCAGCAUGGGCAGCGAUCAAGCCAAUCCUAAAGGUACUGCAGGAACACUUCCCUUCAUCCGUCCACCAAGCGUUGGUAGUUAAACCUGACAAUUUUUGGCAAAAGCAACGCACAACUAUAGGAGCACAUAAGUACAAGUUCGAGACGACCAUGAUUAGCCUAGAAGCACUGCCUAAAGUAAUUGAUAGUACACAACUCACACCGGAUUUAGAUGGCACUUUACAAUAUGAUCACGCGCAGUGGAUCGAUCUCAGACUGGCUCUUGAAGAGCUGAUGUGGCAAGCGGGUGAUCUAUUGGACCGGCUAGAUGACCUGCAAGAAGACGUAGCGCGUGCCGACUUCGCCGAUGAUGUGACGGGGGCGCGACGCGCCAUCGACGCUCAUGCGGAUAUUAGCAAGCGGCUCGCAAAGGUGCCCGUGGAUGAGUUAGAAGCGCAGGGCGAGAGAGUGGUUCAACGACUGGAGGCGGCGGAGGCGGUGUGUUCCGAGGCUAGCGGCAGCGGCGGUGAAGGCGCUGCGUUUCACUGCGGCACACCGGGCGCCGUCCGCCAACAGCUAUCCGCCGUACGAUCUGCGCACGCGCAUGCACACAAGCUCUGGCAACAUAAAAAGAUGCAGCUCGACCAGUGUUUUCAACUCAGGCUCUUCGAGCAAGAUUGCGAGAAGAUGCUGGAAUGGAUUGUGAAUCACCGUACUGCAUUUCUGGCCACUUACGUCGAGAUCGGGCGCUCGUGUGCGGCUGCUAAACGUCUGCAGGAAGAACACGCUAGGUUCGCGGCCGCUUGUACAGGCGGCGGCCGGCCCAGCGUCGCUCGCGUAACGGCGGCUGCGCGUCGUCUUGCUGACAAGCGACAUUAUGCCGAGGCACAGAUAUCGGCGCUCGCGCAUCGACUUGAAAGAGCCUAUAAACAGUUGUCGGCAGGUCUCGAAGAGCGUUCAGCGGUAUUGUCGCUAUCCGUGGUGUUCCACCACAAGGCGGAGGCGUACGCGUCGGCGGUGGGCGGAUGGGGCGCACAAUGCGCAGUGGCGUUACAGCUCGCCACUGGUCAGGGCGGCGCGCCGUGCAAUGACCCACGCGCGCUCGAACAGCACGCGCAGCGGCAUCGCCAGCUCUACGAGCACAUGUGUCAGGCUUACACCGAGGUCCACUCGACAAGUAAAAAGUUAUUGUAUCAACUGGAUCAUUUAGUUCAAGUGUGCCAUCAAACCGAUCCGGCGGAUCUGCAGAGCGACGGCACAGUGAGCAGCGCGGGUAGCAGCGGAGGCGACCCGGCUGCCGACUACAGCUCUGGGGCCAACCACGUGCUAGCCGUCAUACACCAAAUCCUGGGACAUCACCGCGCGCUCGAGGCCCGCUACCAUCAGGCUCGGCUGAAGCUCCACCAACGACUCGCGUUGCUAUUGUACAAAGAGGAUUGUAGGCAGGUACUCGAUUGGUUGGCAAAUCAUGGUGAAGUGUUUCUGCAAAAAAAUACUGGAAUAGGCAGGAAUCUCCAUAAGGCUAGAGUUUAUCAGAAAUCUCACGAACAUUUCGAAAAUGUUGCACAAAAUACGUAUACGAACGCGGAGAAGCUGCUCGGGGCGGCCGAGGAACUGGCACGUUCAGGCGAGUGCGACCCCGAGGAGGUGCUGGGCGUGGCGCGCGAGCUAGAGGCGCACGUCGCCGCGUUUGCCGCGCGAGUUGACCGGCGCAGGCGGCGUCUGGACCUCGCCGUACUACUCUACACGCACGAGAAAGAGCUGCUCCAGUGGUUAGAGACUUUGAAAAGUGGAGGUGGCGUGUGCGCGUCGGACGACACGCCCGAAGCGGCGCGACGUGCGCUUGAGCAGUGCGCGCAACACCGCGCCGCUAGCCUGGACGCGUGUGCCGGCACUAUUGCGCAAGGGGAAGCACUCUUACAAGACCUCAGAUCAUCUGGCGAUUCAGACGCGGCCAGUACCGCCGCAGUGGAGACAACAUUGGAACGGUUGCGAGGGACGCGCAGCGCUCUCGAGGAUCUCUGGUCCGAUAGAGAAAGACGACUCGAGCUCACUUUACAACUCAGGCACUACGAGAGGGACGCUUUAGAGGUAUCUUCUCGAUUGGAGCUGCUGGGAGACGAGCUGCAGCGCACGGAGCCGCCGCGCGACCCCCAGCAGGCGGAGCAGGCGCUCGCGGCGCACAACGAGAGUGUUGCUAGAAUGCAACAUGCCACCUACCAAGUAGUGCAGCAAGGUCAGGAACUUGCUGCGGCCAUAGCAGAGGCGUCUGAUGUGAUGGCGUCCAGCGGCUCUGAUGGGUCGGAGACGGCACCACUAGACGCGCAGGGACGAGUGCAACUACUGCUUGAGUUCUUGCACGAUAGACAAGUGGAGCUGGAAGGGCUGGCCGAGGAAAGACGUGCCCGAUUCGAACAGUGCAUCCAGCUAGGUCAAUUUCAAAAAGACGCCGCUCAGGUGGUGAGUUGGAUACGAAAUGGCGAGGCGAUGUUGGCGGCGUCAUUCUCGAUCCCGGGCACGCUCGUCGAGGCCGAGCAGUUGAAGCGCGAACAUGAUCAGUUCCAGGUGGCGGUCGAGAAAACGCACGCCAGCGCCGUCCAGGUCAAAUACAGGGCCGACGCCCUCAGAGCUGCAAAUCACUACGACCCGCUUACUAUUAGAGAGAUAUCGGAGGAAGUGACGGAGCGUUGGCAACGGCUCGUGAUGUGCGCUGAGGAGCGUCACAAGCUUGUGACGGCAUCGCUAAACUUCUACAAGACAGCCGAGCAGGUGUGCUCCGUGCUCGACUCGCUCGAGCGCGAGUACCGCCGCGACGAGGAUUGGUGUGGGUCAACGGCCGCGCCGCCCGCGCCUCCUGCCGACGAGCCGCCGCAACCACAGACGCAGAAUCUCGACAAAGCUGCGCAGGUGGCCGCGCUAAUUGUAAAGCACGGAGAACAGAAGGAAGCGUUCCUUAAGGCAUGCACAUUGGCGCGCCGGACCGCCGAGACGUUUCUUAAGUACGCGGCGCGCUCGGCGCAAGUGCACGGCCAGACAGCCGCCGCCAGCAAGGCGCAUCACGAACAGACGCGUGCCAUCCUUGAUACUCUGCUCGCUCAGGAGAAUAAGGUGUUGGAACAUUGGACCGUGCGUAAGAAGCGCCUGGAGCAAUGCCAGCAGUUCGCUCUGUUCGAACGGUCUGCGCGAGCCGCCGUUGAAUGGAUCCGCGAGACUCAGGAGCGGUGUGGGGCGGCCGCCGCUGCCGCCGCCGCUGGCGUGGCGCGCGAAAGUCGGGAGCGCGUGCGCCUACUCGCGCAGCUGGCUGACGGGCUCGUCGAGAAGGGACAUCCGCACGCCGUGCAGAUCAAGGAGUGGGUCGCCGCAGUUGAUGCCAGAUAUGCCGAAUUCAGUGGUUCAAUGGAAGGCGGCGAGAGUGAACCAGAAAGUGAGACAAGUGUGGUACCAUCUCUAGCGUCCUCACAGUCUGCUGAUAACGACUCUCGCUCUGAACCACAGCCAACAGCCGCUGGCGAAGAUAAGAGGCGCAGCGCACGGCGAAAAGAGUUUAUAAUGGCGGAACUGCUCCAAACAGAGCGCGCGUACGUAAAAGACUUGGAGACGUGCAUCACCUGUUAUCUGCGAGAAAUGCGCACUGACCCCGGCGCUGUGCCGUCAGCGUUGCAGGGCAAGGAGGAGAUAAUAUUCGGCAAUAUCGAGGAGAUCCAUCGUUUCCACGAGCGCGUGUUCCUGCGCGAGCUAGAUAAGUAUGUGUCGAUGCCGGAGGACGUGGGACAUUGCUUCGUGACGUGGGCGCGCGAGUUCGACAUGUACGUCUCCUAUUGCCGCAACAAGCCCGACAGCAACGCUGCCGUCGUGCAGCACGCCGGGGAUUAUUUCGAACGGGUCCAACGUAAGAAAAAAUUGGAACAUCCUUUAGCCGCUUAUCUCAUUAAGCCGGUGCAGAGGAUUACCAAAUAUCAACUGCUGUUGAAGGACCUUCAGGCUUGCUGUGCAGAGGGACAAGGAGAAAUUAAGGACGGCCUUGAGGUGAUGCUGUCCGUACCAAAGAAAGCGAACGACGCGAUGCACCUGUCGCUGCUGGAGGGCUGCGACGUUCCCAUCAACAGUCUCGGGGAAGUGGUGCUGCAGGACUCGUUCCACGUUUGGGACCUGCGCCAGAUUAUCAAGAAGGGCCGCGAGAGGCGCGUCUUCCUUUUCGACUUGCACCUGUUGCUAGCAAAGGAGGUCAAAGAUUCACACGGAAAAGCCAAAUACAUUUACAAGACCAAGUUUAUGACAUCGGAGUUGGGCGUGACGGAGCACAUCGAAGGCGACGAGUGCAAGUUCUCGGUGUGGACGGGCCGCGAGCCGAUGGCCAGCGACUGCCGCAUCGUGCUGAAGGCGCCCUCCCUCGAGGUCAAGCAGACGUGGGUGCGUCGACUCAGAGAAGUCAUACAGGAAACAUAUUUCUUCAAUGGACCCCUCCAACCCCCGCGCAGCCCGGCCCGAGUGCGACCUACCAGCUCGCAGCGAUCUAGUCGGGACUUAGAAGAUACGUCAUUGGAUGAGGCCACGGAGAACUUGGACAGGAACUCUCUUGCAUCGUUCGGCAGCGGCAACACUACUGACUCAGAUAAGGCUGGUCCGGAAAUGACAUGGGUGGUGUCGGAGCAUACGGCGGGUGGCGCCGGCGAGCUUACCGUGAGCAAGGGCCAGCAGGUGGAAGUGCUGGAGGCAUGCCAGGGUCGGCCCGACUGGUGGGUAGUGCGCGUACCGGGCGAGCCGCCGCAGGAGGGCGCCGUGCCCGCCUCACGUGCUAAACCCCAGCCACAACAUCAUACACAGCAGAAGACUUCACCCUCCAGGCGCCCUCUGAGCCAACCCUGUGAAGAGUCUUUAGAGGCAAGCAAUUCGGAUCCGGGUAGCACGGUAAGCGCAGCCAGCCCGGGCAAACAGCGGCGUGGAUUUAGUGGAAGACGAUGGCUCGGUCUUCGCAAGACGUCGCAGGGCAAGACGGACAAGGCGCCCAGCGGCGCUCAAUCCCCGGCCACCACCGAUAAACCGGCGCCAUUCAAGAAAGUACCGUCCGAUAAAAAAUUGAAGCUGCCGUACGCCAACGACCACGGCCGCAAUGAUGACACCGCUGAAGGUGGCCACGGCGUAGCCAGCGCUCUCGACGAGGCCGAGGAUGAUGCCGCCGAUGUGGAACUGCCUCCACCGAUGAAGCCCAUCCAGGAUCCUCAGAGCGUGCUGCAGCAAGCGCCGACUCCUGCGGCCGCAUCAUCUGUUCCCUCAUCCGGGAAUCCACUGUCGAUGGACUCCGUCGACAGUAACGGCGGUCCUGCCGAUAUCGCUGAAAUAGAGCGCAUCGUUAAAGAGCGAAUGGAGCAGCACGGCGGUGCCGGCGCUUCGGGCCGAGCCUCCGAGGGCUAUGAAGACGUACAGCCUGCUCCGAAGUCCACCGAAGAGAUUCUGAAGAAUCGUGGGUUUGUGCUGCGCGAGCUUGUGGACACAGAGGAGAUCUACGUGUCCGAUCUGAGCCUCAUCUGCGAGGGAUACAUGCGACACAUGCAGAACCCGAAUGCGGAUCCCCCGCUGCCUGAGGGACUGCGCGACCGCCGUCACCGGAUGAUUUUCGGCAAUCUGGAAGCUAUUUACGAGUGGCACCGCGAUAAGUUCGUGCGCGAGCUGCACGAGUGCGUGCAGAGGCCGGAGCUGCUGGGGCCGCUGUUCCGCCGCUUCCUGGAGAAGCGCAUGUUCUUGUACGAGGCGUACUGCCGCAACAAGCCCGUCUCGGAGUACAUCGUGUCCGAGCACGAACACUACUUCCAAGAGCUGCGACACAAGCUCGGCCACAAACUGCAGCUCGGCGACCUGUUGAUCAAGCCUAUCCAGCGCAUCCAAAAAUACCAUCUGUUAGUGAAGAAGAUCCUCGCGUACUCGGAGCAAGCCAAGGAGCCGGCAAACGUGAUCGAGUCCCUGCGCGACGCCAUGCUCUGCACCGACAUCAUACCAAAGAACGCCAACAUGAUGAUGGAUGUCGGCCGUCUCCAGGGUUUUACGGGCAACAUCACGUCACAAGGGAAGCUGCUUCUGCAGGAGACGAUGUUCGUGUCCGAGGUGACCGGCAGCGGCAACGACAAGGGCAAGGAGCUGCACGUGUUCCUCUUCGAACAGUGCGUCAUAUUCAGCGAGGCGGUCGGCAAGAAGUCGCAGUUCACCAGCCCCACCUACAACUACAAGGGACAUGUCCAGGUGAACAAAAUGGAACUGGAAGAAAUUGAAGGCAACGGCACGUUCAUAAUUCACUCGGUGGACCCCAACAAGCCGAAGCAGUCGUUCUUGUGCCGCGCGUCGGACGGCAAGCGCCAGGAGUGGGUGGCGACGCUGUCCAGCAUCCUGCAGUCGCAGCGCAUUUUCGGCGAGGCGCUGGAGAACCCCGGCGCGUACCUGCGCGAGCUGCACCGCGACCCGACCCGCGACCCCGCCGCUUUAGGGGAGGGGUGGUGCGGGCUGGUGCCGGAGCCGCGGCAUCGCACACAGCGUCCUCACACAAAAGCCAACACCAUCAAUCUGCCCACCACUACCAACCGCGCCGACGAGCGCAAGAAGGCCCACAGCGCCAUCAGCCCUACUUCGCCGCCGCAUGCCAAUGGCCUCUCGAAGCGGCCUUGGGGGCUGAAGCUGCGGCGCGGCGGCAGCGGAGCGAGUGCGGCCAGUGCGGGCAGCGGCGCCGCGGAGCCCGGCGCCGACGGCGUAGUCACCGAGCUGCGCCCCCCCGAGCUAUCGGAGCCGGUCACCGACGUAACGGUCGCACCCGGCGCGACCGCCACCCUCGCGUGUCGUGCCGUCGCCACGCGCGCCUCGGCUUCCUGGAGGAAGACCGCGCCUGAGACUCGUGCUUUACGACACGGAGGCAGGUUUGCUAUUAACCUUGCACCCGAUGGACACGCCACACUCACUAUACACGCAUGUCGAGCCUCCGACGCGGGAGUCUACUGCUGCCUGAUCAGUAAUGAGCUCGGCGGCGUGCAGAGUUCCGCCCGAUUAACUGUAGGAUCGGGUGGCACUCCAGGAGUUCCCGCAGUGCGCGCACAUCCUGGCGGAGGACUCGUCGUACAGUGGGAUGAACCAACCCCGACACACCUAGAAUACUGCCGCGUGGGGGAAGGAGAGUGGCGACGGGCUACUGAAACCCCUGCUGCGGCAAAUACUUUGGCAUUGGAAGAAUUACCUGCAGGCCAAUACAGCUUCCGCUUGAUAUGCGCCCGGAGCGGGGCUCCAGGUCCAGCCUCGGGUCCGGCGGCGUGCGGAGGCGGCGGCGCGUGGCAGCGAGAACAAUUCGCACGCAGGUACAGCGUGGAAGAGGAAAUCGGACGUGGAAGAACGGCGCGUGUGCUGGCUGCUCGAGACACCGGCACCGGGCAACGAGUCGCAUUAAAACAGGUGCUGGCAGGUCGCGGCGCGGACGCGAUGCGCGAGUACCGCAUCCUGUCGCGGUCGGCGCACGGUGCGGUGGUGCGAUCGCUGGCGCUGUUUGCUGAGGUACCGCGCGCGGGCGCACAUACGCUCGUGCUGGAGCUGAUCGGCGGCGGGCCGCUGCUGGAGCACGCCGCUGCUGCGCCUGCGCUUUACACACAGCGCACCGUCGCGCACCACACGCGACAGUUGCUCUCCGCGCUUGACUGGCUACAUUCCAUCAAUGUUGCACAUCUUGACGUCAGGCCGGAAAAUAUAUUAGUGGAGUUGAGUGGAGCACAGCCCCAGCUAAAGCUGAUUGACCUGGGAUCGGCAAUCGAGACGGGCGAGGGUGGCGCGGGCACGUCUGGCCGCGAGGUGCUGCCGCCGGCGCCUGCGCAGCUCGAGUUCGCGCCCCCCGAGUGUGUACUCGGCCGUCCGCCGGCAGCCGCAUGGGACGCCUGGGCCGCUGGUGUUUUCCUAUAUGUAUUUCUCACAGGGCUGUCGCCAUUCUUAGACGAGUCGAUAGAGGAAACGACGGCGAACAUUAUAAAGUGCGACUACUGUUUCCCACCGGAACACUGGGCGGGCGUGGAAGACUCCGCGCAGCAGAUCAUCCGCGGCCUGCUCGAUGCUGCGCCCGCCGCCAGGCUCACCCCGCGCGACGCGCUCGCCAAUUCAUGGUUCGACGAGGCUCCAGCCACACCGCUGUCGGCGACGCAAUUGAAGACAUUCUUAGACCGGCGGAGACCAGCGGGACACGGGAACGCGCUACACUCACUGCGCUCGCCCAACGACACCUGACGUGACGAGCACGCGGCCGGGCUGUAACCGACGCUGUAGCCGACACCAGUCGCCACCACCGCCCCGCCCCGCUCCGCCCCGGCACCGACCCGUCAUCGACACGCCACUACUUCACCACAACGACGGAACUUCACCCUACAUCCAUUCGUCGGCGCACAUUUCUCAUGUGAUAUUGUAAUUUUUGCCUAAACAGUUUUGUUUCGAAUAACUUAGAUGGUCUCCUAUAAUAAAUAACACAUUUACGAGUAAUGUGUAUAGUAUGACCUUUUCAACUUUGAGGUGAAGGGGCACCUAAUGUCUUGUGUGAUUUAGUUAUUUCAAAGAGUUUUUAUAUUAAUUGGGCAGUAUUAACGCACUCAGUUGCGACGUUGUAAAAUUGUUUAAGUGAUUUAUUAACCCGGUGCACUGAUUUUAACAUAACUUACGCGUAGAAGUAAUGUUUGUAUUGAUAUUAUCACGCGAACCAUUGAGCACGCGGCCUGUUUUGUGUCUCUGUGUACAGAGUCGGUAACAAUGGCCGCACAUUUCUGCGCAGGCGAGUGGGAGACCACCGCGCUUGCCACAGUGACCAGCGCGACGAGCACUUGUGCACUCGUCAUAGGUUUAAGUUUUAUUUCAACUUAAGCUGUAGUUUUACUGUAAUCAUUCUGUAGUCAAUGUGCCCACCUGUUGAGUUCGGUAUUUAGUCACUUGAAAUUGAUUUUGCCCUCGUGACACGAUUUGAUUAUUUUACUUUUCUUUUUAUUUUCGUAUUUUUAGUUACUAUUAUAAUGCUUGUGAUUCCAGGUGCGAUUGCGAACGUACCGUCACAGAUUUUGUACGAUUCCUCAGGCCAUGUAUCAUUUUACAAAAAAAUAUUUGCUAAUUGGAUAUAUUAUUACGUCUCUGAGAAACAUUACGCGACGUGUUUAUUGCUUUAUUCCCAGGGUGGCCGAAUAUAAGGGAAGUGUCUGUGAUUUAUGCUAAAAUAAAAAUAUUGCAUGCUUAUUUCUAAUUUAAAUGAAAACUAUUGAACUGUAUAUAGAAACUAAGUUUUAGAUCGUAAUUUUAUGUCCUAAUAUUUGACCAAAAUGGAAUGUAAUAAUCAUGUAAGUAAAAUGUAACACAACAUCGAUAUACCCCUAUUAGUGUCUUAUUAAAGGGAAUUAGAUGUAAGAAGUAGCGAGCACACGCCGCCGUCGGCACAGACGGUCCGCUGACGAACAAACGCUUCGUAUUAUAGUCAAAAUACCGUAUUCGUCAUCAUUCAGUAAGCUUUCAUAGACUGUGUCAAUAAUUUGUGAUUAAUUGCGCAAUACAGGUCCAUGCUACUAUAUCAACAUUAUUCUGUGCCGAUUAAUUUCACACUAAUUUUAUUGAUUAUGACUGCGAUUCGAGACCCACCUGUUUAAGCACCGCUAGGCGAGCGCCAUUACAACGUAAACUUACCUAAAGUUCACUCGCGGUAUAUACGAUUAAUCAGAUUCGUGUAUUUAAGGACUGCUUACUUUUAUUUUAAACGGAAAGUGACAUCACAUCUAUUUUUAGUUUGAAUAUAUAGUUAUUAAGACGUAUUAAUAAUAAAUAAAAAUUGUUUCCGUGUGUCACACAUUCUUUUACUAAAUGAGUGACGUUUUACAAAUUUUGACAUCCGUGUGCCGCUUGUAAUUACUCUAAGGCUAUAAUGGAAAUAUCGACGCUGUCAAUGCUCCGUACUGAUUGUUAAGAGUAUAAUUAGAUUUACUUCCUUUGAGUUAUGUUCAAAUACACGUCGUAUUUCUGUCGCUGUAGGUAGUAAACACGGCACAAUCGUUAAAUUAUACAAAUAUCCGGGAAAUUACAAUGUACUUGACGAUUUUUAUUUCGCUAUCCACAGCAACAGCAAAUAAUGUGUAUUUUUGAUAACUCACCUUUCCUGACUUUAUAUCAGUUUUUUUUUAACUAAUAAAUGACUUAUCUUUACACUUUUAAAUAAUUUGGAAAAUGAUAAAUAUUUUUAGUUAAAACACGGAAAAAAUGGCUCUAACUUUAAGUAAAGAGACUAAUUAUAAUUUCGAUCACUGAUUGGUCCAUUGACCUUUUAAGUAUGUAUAUGGAUUGCAAACUAUUAUACUCAUAACGUGUAAAGUCUCUUAAUCUUGCAGUGAGCUACCUGCCAGUAUCAUUUUAAAUUUCGAUUUGUAUUAAUAGGUCUUGUUCCAUCAAUUGUAUUAGUUAUGAUGUAACUGUAUACAACACAUUAUAUAAUUUUGUGAAAAAUAA